AUGCAGCGCAUCACACCUGUUGACGAGGCCUUUUCUGACGUCUUCGGCGGAAUUGUGCUGGGCAUGUUCCUCGGUAUCAUCGGUCUCAUGCUCCUGGCAGUAGGAUUUGCAGUGUUGCAAGAGCUUUGUGCCGAGAAGGACGCAAAGGAUUCUAUCAUCUUGAGCAUGUUCGAAAGUCGCAGCACUGGCUUGGGCAACAGACUGCUGGCAGUUGCAAAUGGUGUUGCACAACAUGAGGAAGCAUUUCUCCAAGACGUUUUGGAGAAGCUGAACAACCACGACUUGAGCUGCCUUGAGAACUCCAUCGAUUUGAUUUCCUUUGAGUUGAUGUUGGGUGAUGUGUUCCAUGCCGAAGGGCGAAUCCAUCGAAUCCAUUCCCGGGCCAUAGCAGCCCGAGCUUCAGUGACCAACCGAAACCAAGACAUGGUGAGUUGGCUGCAUGACAUGGGCAGCCACGUUUACAAAUGCCACAGGUCGCAGCGCAACUUCCGCAAGUCGCCGCAGCUGACCCUGCUAACCCUGCUGACCCUGAACCAGACCAGAUUUUGGACCGACGAAAUUUCGGCGGAAGGCCAUUUCCCGGGAUCCACAACAAACGCUCACACCAGAGGUACCUACGACUUUCAAGGAGGCUCCCUGUUUCCUAAGACUCUGAAGGAGGCGCCUGUCUCCCGUCAGGCUUGGAAGCGGCGAUUUGAUCGAGACGGGAGGGGCAGCGACAUGUCCACCACUGACAUGGCAUAUGACAUGACAGACAGAGGACCUGCGGCUCCUCCUGGAGGACCUUCGGCUCCUCCUGGACCUUCGGCUUGUCCUGGCAGUGGAGGACCGGCUCCUCCUCCUGGCGGAGGUCCUGGUGCCGACCCAGCCACCUUAAACGCCUUGGCGGGCCUUUGGUCGUUCCUGGCACGGCCACCGCCGCCGGCAUUGGCCACUGGCGGCGUGGCAGCGACGACUGCCAAAGCCGCUCCUCCAAAUGCCCCUGGCACAUCGAUGCCACCUCCUGGCACAGUGCCUGUGCCUGUGACUGGCCCCGGGCCUGACGCAGCCCCGCCGCCCUGGAGACGGGGAGACACUCCGACUCAGACGGCGGCUGACACUCCAGCGCCACUUCCUACGACGACGACGGUGCCAGGACCAGGAGUGGUGGUUGAUGUCGACGCGGUUGAGCCAGCAUCGUCGUCGAGGCCAGCCCCUACGGCGCCACUGACGGUGGAUCAAGCCGUCGACCUUCGGGUUUGCAAAGUUUGCGGCAGGCAAACUUAUGCUGGACGUGGCGUUUGCUACUACAAGCAAUGCGACAUCUACUGGAAACCUUCUUCGAAACCUGCCAAGCGCAAGAAGGCGAACAGAGGCAAAGCACGACCAAUCUGGUACAACAAAAAAUACCAGGAGUGGGAAGACGACGAAGACGACGAAGAGGAGGACGACCCCUACAUCCCUGCCGUCAAAAUGACUGGCGCGAGUGGCACGACUGGCACGGCGGAGGUUCCGGAGACUGGUCCCACGCCAGCAGAGGCCAUUGGGCCUGGGUGUCCACUUAAUUGA